UUCUAGAAAAGAGUUAUAUACGUAAAAAUCUUAUUUUGCUUUCACCUUAACAUGAAAAUACGAGUCCUUUUACCGUAUACGACUUUUUGGACUGUUAUUGUUCUGACAACUGAUAUUUGGAAUUACAUAGACGGUUCUUGUAAUGCAAGCGUACGUUUUGAGAGAGAUGUAGCCUUCGACGGAGUCGUUCCGAUGCCUGCAUGGUAUUAUAUAAACUCUUUCCCUAAUCUAAGCUUUGCUUCGUGUACACUGGCGUGUUUUCAAAGCGUUUCUGUAUGUUCUGGAUAUCUGUUUAGCUCUCAGCAAUUAUCUUGUAAGUUAUUGAGAACUUUUUUGACACAUAUUGAUAGAAAUGGAAGUUAUAUUGGAGGCGAUUGGGAAUAUCGUAGCAGAGCAGCAGAAAUCCUGUCUUUGAAUAAGCCCGUCACUGCCAGUUCAAAUUAUAAAGAUUACGAGACAUAUGCCAGCCACAAGCUCAUUUACCUUGUAGAUGGGAUAACAAAUGCACCUGGAAAAUUUCACACGUAUUUUGAACCGUAUCCCUGGGUGACGAUCGACCUUGAAAAAAUCAGUAUCAUUAGGGAUGUGGUUAUGUUUAACCGCGCCGAUGACUAUGGUCGGUGGCUUCACAGUGUGGAGAUAAGGGUGGGAAACUCUUCUGUCUGGUCAGAGAUGGCUACUUGUGGCACUUACCCAGGGCCCAGUGAGACGGGGGAUAUAAUUACCGUUGAAUGCAGACCAUCACGUUAUGGAAGAUACGUCACUCUAAAGAUAGUUCAUCCUAACUAUAUCACAGAUGACCCGAAUGCUAUAAAUGGCAACAAUGCAAUAGUGCUUGAGGAAGUUGUUGUCAACGGACUUUAUUUGUGAAAAAAAGAAGAAAUAUUUCUUCAAUUAUUGAUAUUACAAGUUAGUUGAAUUUAGAAUAGGAUAAAAAUAAUUAACGGUUGGUAUAUAUUUUUUUCUUAAAUAAAAAAAUCAUUGCGAUUAAUGAUCAAGUCAAGAUAAUAUAGAACAAAGUUACGAAUGUAACAAAAACUAGAGACGAGCAAGCAACGAUUAGGUCUUUCGCUGUAGCUGCGUUAUACUUGUGACGUCAUACAAAAUCGAUACCUGACCAUGCUACAUUACUAGAUGUAUAAACACUAAGUAAAAGAGACAAACACUUUCGGUAUAAGUAAGAGUUUGUUUCAUGAUGAUUUCAUUGUGAAAUGCAAUUGCCUUCAAGCCAUACACAUGCAACUUUAUUGAUAUGCUAUCGAUAUGUUGUGUUAUUAUAGUCCUUAUAAUGCUUUAAGCCUUUUUUGGCUAACACAGUUUUGCAUUUUUAGUCUUAGAUUGGAUGAAAAUAUCUUGAUCAUAGUAUUUUUACUCUUACGGCUUAAUUAAUCAUUUUUUAUCAAUUGUUCAGGGUUUGUUUGGAACUUAUAUAAAAAUAUUGGUAUUGAUUGUUUUUUAUCGCACAACUUUAUUGUUAACUCUUUAACAACGGAUGCUCAGAAAUGUAAUUCAUCAUGUUUUUCUUAUUGAAUGUGUAAACAUAUCAAUACCAUUUCGAUUAUUUCUAAAGCAGCA